AUGCGGAAGCCACACGCACCCACGCAGAUGUCGGAGACCCAGAAUAUGCCGCUGAAGGCGGCGGAACUGGCCGAGAAACUGCAGGAAUAUGCAGGGAUUCCGUGUCAUCGCAGCGUCCUCGGCGUGCGCAGUGCGUAUUUUCGCACCAUGGUCCUGUCGGGAAUGAAGGAAUCUACACAGCCAGUUAUUCAGCUGCACAACAUCUCCCACACCGAUCUGUCCCAGUUGGUUGACUAUUGCUACAUGAAGGACCUCCUCCUCACCGAUAGCAACGUGCAGUCCUUGCUGAUUGCUGCGUCGUUCCUGAGUAUUGAUUCGGUCGUGGAUGCCUGCUGGAAAUUCAUGGACGAUCACCUGUGUCAGCGUGGCGCUCACGCUGCUAAGGAAAAACAGAACAAACGCCAGCCACAAACGAUCUUUUAUUAA